AGACAACAUCCGGUGGAUGACAGAAUGGUGCUUGUGUCAAGGUCAUUUGUAUCGAGAAACACGUAUACACUAGCAAUAACGACAACUCUGAUUGUUAUUCUUACAGCAUACGGAUACAACAAUGGUAUAUCAAUGAGCAUGUUUCAGCAUGAUAGAUAUAGUAUAUUUGAUCGGGAUAUAAAUGAGAGUUUACUGUACCGGAUACCGUCUGACAAUCAACUAGAUGGUAUGGACGAUAACACAUUGUAUCAUACAUUCUGGAAGUAUAUAAAUUUGCCGCAAUAUCGUUGUUAUAAUAGAACGAGACUUGGUCCAACCAAGAGCGACAAGGGAAAGAAUAUUUGCGCAGACGACAAAUUCAAGCCUGCACCAUCAUCCUGUCUGGUGUAUUCAUUUGGGUCUAACUUUGACUUUCAAUUUGAGGAAGCAGUUUGGAGAACUUACAAAUGUGAAAUACAUACAUUUGAUCCUAGUCGAUCAGUAACUGGUGUUACUAUACCAAAUGAAGUAAACUUUCAUCUGAUUGGGUUAUCAGGCAAAAGUUACAUCCGAUCAUCACCUGAGAAUUGGAGAACUCUUCAAAAGGAAAGUCGUACAGACUGGAAAAUGCAAACACUUAAUGAAAUAAUUAAGUCCCUUAACCACACAAACAGAAAUAUUGACAUCUUAAAGAUUGAUAUAGAAGGAUGGGAGUGGAGUACACUACCGGAGAUUAUUACCUCAGGAGUUCUUCCAUAUGUUAAACAAAUUUGUAUUGAAAUUCACUUUGGUUAUGGAUUCCAAGUUUUAUAUAAAGCAAAGAAACCCGUGGCGGUAAAGUUCACAUCCGAAAAAUGGGGAAACGUUGAGAUUCCGGAUCAGUUGAAGGUGUUAAGAAACUUAAAUGACACCGGUUUUCGAAUAUUUAUGAUCGAUCCCAUAAGACAUUGGGGAACUAGACAUGUUCAUAGUCCUGCACUAGAUGUUGACACUCUAAUGGAACUUUCACUAGUGAAUAUAAAUAAAUUAGCUAUAGUUCCAGGUAGUUAAUAUUUCAUUGGAAUAGCUGUCAUAAGAAAUAGUUCAAACAGUUUUACAAGGUACAGGGAACUGCAGUGAAACCUGGAAAAAUCCAGUACAUGAACACUAUGAAAACAUGUAGUUCCAUGGAAUUAAGACUUAAACACAGUCAGUUAGUAUAAGUGUUUUAAGAAAGGAGUUAGUGUAACUUGUUUAUACAAAAAGUUUUUAGAACUAAUAUGGUAAUGACAUUAAAGCUAGUUCACAAAGAAGCUAGACCGAUAAUUUAUAAAAAAUGUUUGGUAAAUCAUUUCAUAUGAAGUUUGGAAAUUUUUCAUUUUUUUAAACAUUUGGAUAUAUUAUCUAUUUAUCGAUCUUUUGAUAUAGAUCGGAACGUCAAUUUUAUGUUUCAUUAUAAUGUUGUGUGAUAUUUUUUUUAUCAAAUGAAAUAAGAAAGAUUGUGCAAAAAUAUCUACGCAUGGUGAUCUAGUCAGAGGUUUUGAAAGUUAUCCCCAGGAUACUUCAAUAGUUAAUGUGAAAACCUUACUGCUUGAAUAUGACAAAAAAGGAAUGUUAAAACAUGUUUGGACAACAAGUCAUUUCACGUGAUUGUUGUCAACCAUACAAACCUUUUUAUAUACAAUUAUGAACAACAACAACAACAGCCACCACCACCACCACCGCAACGACAACAACAACAACAGACGUGGAAAUUUUGCUGUUGAAGAGAGCAAAGUUAAAUAAUUUCUUUAAUAGUUUUUAUUUUGAUUUAUGUGAACAACGAUCGAUUCAGUGGAUGACUUGUGAAAAAUAAUUCUUGGUGAUGAACGUAAAUACUGUCAUAUCAGAAAAAAACAUUUACCAACGAAAACAUUGUUUGAAGCUGCAACGAUACAUUUUAUAUUUAACUACAUGAAGAGAUUGAUUUUAGAAUUAUCAAGCCAUUGAAGUGAUAUAUUUAUUUUUUAUAUAAAGAAAAGAAUCAACGGUUUUGGUUAUAUUUUUUGGUCAUUAUUUACUAGUACAGUACUUAAUAAAUGACCUUGCCCUUGAAGGUCAAAUUGUUAAUUAUGCUUGAUUUGUACCAUAACUGGCUAUUACUUUUUUAUUUAUGAAUACAUUGCUUCAUACUUUGAUACAACUAAAGACCUUCAAGAACACUAAACUUAAAUUUUACCUUGUAUCAUAAAUGAUUUUGAUCUUGAAGGUCAGAUUAUUGAAUUUUGUAAAUAUAUAAUUUGCUAUCACUUUAUUACAUUUAUGAAUAGACUGUCUACAUACUUUGACACAGCAACGCUUAGAACUAGAACGAGAACUUCAAGGCGAUGAUUUAAUGCAUGUGACUUUAUAUUUGACUUUAACAUUCAAUGUCAUAUUAUUGAAUUUUGCCUAAACUGCCAACACCUUUGACAAAACUAACAUGUUGAAUAAUAUAUUUCGCAUAUGAUCUUGACCUUUGAAUGCCAUAGAUCGCCAGGAUCAAAUUUUUGUUUAAAUUAUCAUAACGUGAACAUAUUCAUUCAUACUAGGACAAAAUAACAUUUUUACAAAACUGACUGUUUAAAAUUUAAAUGUGACCUUGAUCUUUAAAUAACCCAGGUCGCUCAAGACCAACUUAUUGUAUUUUGCUUAGAUUUCUAUAAAAUGGUAUUUAUCAAUUGAUUUAAUGCAUGGAGAAAACAGCAAUUAUGACAAAACCUACAUGUUGGACAUGUUGGAUGAUUCAAAGAUAGCAUUGAUCUUAAUAUAACCUUAACGUCAAUGUAAAGUUAUUAAAUUAAUGUAAGUUCUAAAUUGUGAUAACUUUAUUUUUAAAGGUAACUUUAAAUUAUACUUCGACAAAACGACUCCUGUAUUUUGCUUAAAUUGUCAUACCUUUGAUAUGUUUUUACGGUUUUGAAAUAUACUUGGACAUGACCAAAACAACGCCAAUGACAAAACGGACGUGUUGAAUAAUUGAAAUAUGGCCUUCACUUUAAAAUGGUCUUAGCCGUUCAUGUCUAGCUAAUGAAUAUUGCUUAUAUUGACAAAAUUUGCUACCUAUUUAUUGAUUUGAUAAAUACUUUGACAAAACUAAGCUCAUCACAAGACCGACAUGUUGGAUAAUUUGAAUCUGACCUUAACAUGACCAUGACCGUGAUGAUAAAGUCAAUGAAUUUUGCUUAAAUUGCGUAUUUUUGUUAUUAAUGGACAUAUUUGAUUCAUUUAUUGACUUCACACUUACAUCAACACCUACAUAUUGAAUAUUUUAUAUGUGACUUUUAUAUGUUCAUAACUUUGAUUGUCAAGAUAAGAUAUGUUUUUUUUUAUAAUUCCGUACAAAAAGGUGUUUAAUUUCAAAACCAUUCACAAUGUUCUUCCUCCGAUGUUCUCUGAAGCGUUUACUAACUCUUUUCAAAAACUGUGUAUAUAUCUUUCUGUGCAUUUCCUCCUCUUUCCGUGUUUUUACUUAUUUAUCUUUCGGUAAAGUGGCAUGUCGUCAUAAUGUAUAACAUUCGGAACUGCCUCGGCUAUUAUCUAUAAUAUCCGAAGACUGACGGAAAAGGUCGAGUAGUUGAAUGCACAGGGGGCCCACACAGUGUUUGGAUGGUAUAUACUGCUUGAUAGUGACCUUAAAAUGAGAUUUUAGUCAUAACCUUAUAAUAUGUAUAUAAAUAUAGACAAGGGGCAUUACUCGCUAAAUAGAGAAUUUUCGAUCACCCUCAAAUUCAUGCGAGAUUUUCCACUAAUUAAAUAAAAAAAAUCCAAAAACUAUACUGCGUUGCAUAGCUUAUAUAAUCCACAA